CCUGUAUCCUGUAUAAAGUCUGUGGUACAUCUUCAUCCUGAUCGUUCACAUUGCUCCUUAUUCUCUAGAUCACCUGAAUCUUCGCCAUGUCCAAAUUAACCGACUUUCGCCUGCUGUCGUUUGAUGUCUACGGCACGCUGAUAGACUGGGAGCGUGGUGCCGUACGCGCCUACCAGCCUACAUUGGAGAAAAAUGGCCAAACCGACUUAGAUCCGAAGGUGAUCAUAACCACACACAGAGAAGUGGAAGCACCUAUUCUCGCCGAGAAUCCGAGUAUGAAGUACGCUCAGCUAUUGACAAAGGUCCAUCCUGAGCUGUGCAAGCGAUUGGGCUUUGCUGAGCCCACGGCCGAGGAAAGCAAAGCAUUCGGCGACUCAGUUCCAAACUGGCCUGUCUUCCCUGAUACCGUGGAUGCAUUGAAGAGACUGUCGAAACACUACAAACUCGUUGUGUUGUCGAACGUGGAUAAUGCGUCGUUUGCCGGUGCGCUCGCUGGCCCACUUGAGAACUUUCAGUUCGAUGCUGUUCUCACGGCUGAGGAUAUUGGCUCCUACAAGCCGGAUCUUCGCAACUUCGAAUACAUGUUUGCCAAAGCCAAAGAACUGGGCGUGGAGAGAGACCAGGUACUGCAGACAGCACAGAGCCAACACCAUGAUCACCAUCCAGCACGGAAGAUUGGUCUGAAGAGUUGUUGGAUUUACCGCAGCUCGUCGAUCAUGGGAAGCAGACAAGACCCUGUUUGGGACUGGAGAUUCGACACUCUAGGAGAAAUGGCAGAUGCAGUCGAGGAAGAGCUACGGCAAUCAUAGUUAGCGUAGAUGUGUUCAUCUGAACGUCAGGAUCGCGCCGAGAUUGAUGAAAGACUUCGUAGAUGUGAAGAGACAUGCCGAUUAGUCUGCAUCAGCUAUCUAGUGGAUUGACCCAUAAUACGUUAAGAUUAAAAAAAUACCUGAACCCUCUGAACACAACAGUUGUUAAACAAUCUUACUUACAAUGAAG